AAUUAAAUUACGUAAUAAGAUCGAUCUCAUUGACGGCUUUAGGUAUAAAGAUUGAUUUCCCGCCUAUCAUUGUUAAAAAAAAUAAUUCACCCACACCCAACCAGUAUGUUUUUUAAAUACACGGACACACAAACACAAUAAAACUCCGAGCAGCUGUUGUUAUAUAUCUAUUGUUCGUUCCACUGCACACUAGCACGCUUUUCCCAGUCGAUAGUAUAGAAGUGUUCAUUCACAAAAUGGAGUCACUCUGCCGCGCGGUGGUCAAAAAAGCCUCCAUCUCUGUCUCUAUCUAAUUGUCAAUAAUUUUUUGACAUUUAAAAAAUCACUCGACAAUAUAUUUAGUUAAAGUUGUUUUAAUUUCCGGCGACAAUGUUUAACCAACAAUCGUAAAUAAUGAAAAAACAGUGCUGUUUUGUUAUUGUUGUUAUUUGUUAACUUUUUAUUUUUAAUUGACGGUAAUAUAUUCAGUAAUUAAAUAAAGGUAAUGAAAGUUAAGAAAUGAUUUUCACUGAUAACUGGGAGAUAAACAACCUCUUAAUAUCAGUUUACGAUUUGAAGUAUCAAGAUAUAACGUAAAUUAUUGAGUAUUAGAAAAAAAUGGAACCCAAGUGAAUUUUAUUUUCAUCAUUGAAACAAUGGAAGAUUACACUCCAGUAGACGAGGACUUUCCUGGUCGGCUUUUACACCAAGCAGCAUUGUGGGACAACGCGGAGCUGCUGGAAGACCUUCUGCGCGGUGAGCAUGCCCAGUAUAUAAACAACCAGGACUCGUGGGGCCGCGCUCCGCUGCAUGCAGCCGCGAUAACUGAAAACUCUAGAUGUCUCGGAGUAUUAUUAUCAGCUGGAGCGAAUCCGAACAUUCCGUGCGGCCCACGAGGUCAGUACCGAACCCCACUGCAUGUCUGCGCGGAGCACGGCCACUCUGGGAACAUAAAAAAACUGCUGGAGUACAACGUCAACCUGGGAGCCGUGGAUGCUAACAAUAUCAACCCUCUGGCAAUUGCUGAGAAGAAUAAUGACACGACUUGUGUAAUUUUGCUGGAAAAAGCAGCUGAGAAGUACGAACUAGCCCGAGCGGCGACUCACGCCUCUCUCAGGGCGGCUUGUAUCCAGGGUGACACCGUCGCGGUCAGAAGUAUCAUUCAAAGUUGCGACUGCUUUGAGUUUGUUGUUAACAUGGCGCCCAACGGGGCCAACACUUUGCUUUUUGUAGCCUCAGAACUCGGUCACAGGGACAUAGUCCGUCUUCUGCUGGACAACGGAGCAGACUGUCGCAGUCAUCCCGUGACAAAGUACUGUCCUUUGUAUAUCGCUUGCUACAAUGGAAAGCUGGAGAUUGUUGAGCUCUUGCUCCGGUACUUUCCGAAGCAAAUCCAGUCGCUGACUGUCGAGAGAUGGCUGCCGAUCCACGCAGCAGCGAUCAAUGGUCACCAUUCUGUCGUGGAUUUGCUGCUCAAGUUCGAGUAUCCUCAGCAUCUGAACCAGCGCUUUAAGGAUCCGUCCAGUGAGUUCGAGUACGAGAUGCCGUUUGACCUCAACACGCAGGACGUCACCGGUCAGAACGUCCUCUACAUCGUCAGCGUGCUCGGUAAUGUUAAAAUAGUUGAACUUUUGCUUAAUUUUAGAGUUAAGUCUAACAAAAUUAAGGCCGAGGAAGGUAUCAGUCAGCCGAUAUCGGUCUCCAAGCGCAGGAUCUCCAGUGGAAUUCAGAGAUUGAUGUCCAGUCUCAAUUUCCGCAGCAAGAAUAGUGACAAGAGAGACGAUAAUUUGAUCUCGCCAAUUAAUCUGGAUAUUUACUGCAACAACAGCUCGGAAACUGCACUGCAUGCUGCUGUCAAGGCGGGUCACACGGAGGUCGUUGCAGCGCUGCUUCAGGCGGGAGCUAACCCCAACCUGUCUAUCAAUAUUAAAGUAAACGAUGGAAGCACUAGUAGUGCUAGCAGUACUGACAACAACGAGGGAAUUACCAGUGUACUGACAAUAGCGUGCCAAAAUCGCGAUGUCAAGAUCACUGACUUGUUGCUGAAGCACGGCGCAGUGGACAAUGACUGCAGAGCGCUUAAAAUUGCAGCACAGAAUCGCGAUGAAGUUCUCACUGCAAAGCUCCUGUCGAUAAAAGCGCAUCCUGAUCCAGAGUAUAAGAUCAACAAAAAAGCAAUGACUGAAGGAACGCAAACCUCCCAUUUCUCAGCAUUGUCCAGUUUUGGAAAUGUUACCUAUCCGUCAUUGUUCCCAAACACGCCUACGAUGAUUAAUUGGCAUGAUCAGCAGUGCAGGCUGUCUCAGAUUCGAGGACAAUGGCUGAUAGACGCGGUGCUUCAUGUUAAUAAAAAGUUGAAUGUGAAGAACAAUGAUCUGGUGCUCUACGCCAUAACUAGGAUCGAUAUUUCUCACAAUUCUAUAACGACAGUACCUUCGCUGAUUUUUUACCUCCAGAGUUUGAAGUAUUUGAACAUGGCGCAGAAUAAAAUAGACAAUUUGGUUGCCGAGCCGAGUAAUCCUAGGGACAAAUUGUGUCCUGUGUUGGAAGAAAUUUACCUACAGGACAACCGGCUUGAAACGUUGCCAAAUUUUUUAAUGAACUUGCCAGCUCUUGAAAUAAUGGAUGUUUCCAAUAAUAAACUGCAGUGCUUACCGGAUAAUUUGUGGCAAGCACCAAAGUUGAAAGAAUUGAACGCAUCUUUCAACCUUCUCAGGGAUUUACCUAGUCAGGUAUCACAGAAUAUUUCCCGGCGAGUUCAGCGUGACGACAUACUGAGCAACAGUCCAAGCAGCAGAAGUAUAAACUCCCAGUUGGGGAUUCCUCACGAAGAUUCCACGGAAUUCGAGUCUUUUAUCAAGCUAGCCAACGCUCAGAUAAUUGAGCUGGAAAGGCCGCAUGUUUGGACAGAAUCCGUCCAAGUGACUGAGAAAAUUUCCGACGACACAGAGCCAGGAACUAAAUCCGUGCUGACGUCGCUAAACUUGGCGCAUAAUUUGUUCACCAGCGUUCCAGUGGCUUUGCCAUGUUUGGCGGUCAAUUUGGUGAGACUCAACAUGGCGUAUAAUUCUCUGAGGUCAAUGAGUCACAUAACCUCUUACCCAGCUAGUCUGAAACAACUGGACCUGUCGAACAAUCAGAUUUCAUGCUGGCCAAGUCUACCUCAGGUCGACGGAGCAGAUCUAAUGGAGCAGGCUUCGACUGCUUGUUACUGUCCAGCGACCAACAUUCAGUCGCCAAUGGUGUCCAACAACAGACAAACAAUAACCUCCUUGAGGGACGUUGUUUUGAUGUCUGUUUGCACCCACCGGAGACACCUGAGGCUAGAAAACCUAAGAACGUUGGUGCUGGCCAACAAUUCUCUGACCAGGAUCCAGCUGACUUCAGUCGAUGACGGAGAGUCUCCGAAUGUUGAGGAAGAAAGCAUCGACCGAGAUACAAAAAUUGCUUACUCUGGAUCUAAACUGUACUUACUAUUCCCCAACGUCAGUAUGCUGGAUGUCAGCAGUAACCAGUUGAAGGAAAUCCCGCUCAACAUUUACGAGUUAAACAACCUCUCGGUUUUAAACAUCAGCGGGAAUGCUGAAAUCACGGAGCUGCCUCCUCAGAUGGGUCUUUUGUCGAGACUAUGGAAUCUGAACACCCAGGGCUGUCGGCUUCAGGAACCAUUGAAGUCAAUGAUCGAGUCCAAGAAGUACAAGACCAUGGACGUCGUUGGUUACCUCAAGUCGGUGUUAGAGGACGCAAAACCCUACGCUAGGAUGAAGCUCAUGAUCGUAGGUAUCCAAGGAAUCGGCAAGACCAGUCUGCUGGAGCAACUUAGGCAAGAAGGUGAGGUCCCGAAUAAGAAGAAAGCUUCUGAACACUGGACCAAAAGAAUGGGCAAUAAGAAUAUCAAUACAAAGACUGCUAAAGGUACCACCAUCUCCACUGUUGGUGUAGACAUUGGAGACUGGAUUUACGAGAAAAAAGUCCGUGGGCAGUCCUCUCAUGGACCUGUUUACUUCCGAACCUGGGACUUUGGCGGGCAAAAAGAGUACUAUGCUACCCACCAGUACUUUUUAUCGAAACGUAGUCUCUAUAUUGUCGUCUGGAGGAUUAUUGAUGGCCUUAAGGGCAUCAAUGAGAUAUUCCAGUGGCUGGUGAACAUCCAAAGUCGCGCUCCAAACUCUCCUGUGAUUAUUGUCGGGACUCACUACGACGUUUCUAAUGAACAGAGCGAGUCGCUUCAGCAAUACAUCCGUGAAAAGUUCAUCAACGUAGUGGACGCUGAGAAGUGCGGGCUGCCGAAAGUGAUGGAGACCAUUGAAAUCAGCUGCAAGACCAGGCACAAUAUUAAGAUGCUUUGUAACUUGAUUUACGACGUUGUUUUCAGUCUAAGGUCACCUGGAAGCAAGGAAUUGCUGCUAGAGCAGCGAGUUCCAGCCAGUUAUCUUGCUUUGGAGGAUGUCGUGGUCCAACUGGCGCAUGACAGAAAGCUUUCUGGAGCAGACCCGGUCUUGAAAGCCGACCAGUACUAUGCAGCAGUCAACAAUGAGCUUCAUAAACUUCACAGGUCGUUUCGAGACCCAGCAGAGUUGCAUCAGGCGACGCUCUUUCUUCAUGAAAACGGAAUUAUUUUGCACUACGACGACGCAACGCUUCGUGAUUUGUAUUUUCUUGACCCUCAAUGGCUCUGCGAUAUGCUAGCUCAUGUAGUGACCAUUCGCGAGAUAAAUCCCUUCGCCAGGUGCGGAAUCAUGAAGCUAGAUGACAUUCAGCAUGUCUUUAAGUCAUCUACAAUGUCCUCAACAGACACUCAGGGUUAUAUUGUUAGUUUGCUGAACAAGUUCGAGGUGGCGCUGACCUGGGACUAUCGAACUCUGCUUAUACCAACUUUGUUACCGACGGAGGAAGACAUCCUGAGGAACAAUCAGUUGAUUAAAAUUCCCGUUAAGACGCGGAGCUGGCACGUCAGAUCCAAAAAGAUAUCCACGCCGACAACACCUUCUUCUGGGAUUUCAAUAGAGAAAAAUAGCAGAAACUGUUCGCUUACAUCAAGACCCCAGCCAGACUGCUCGGUCACUCGACUGCUUCUGAUGUCUUACUUUCCAAGUGGAUUCUGGUCGAGACUUAUUACCAGGAUACUCGCCGACGACGCUAUCGUGGAGAUAGUCAUGUCGUUUAUCUCUCCGUUAAAACAAGUUGUUGAUGAAAGUGUCUUUUCUGCACUGACCGAUACCCACGCAGAAUGGGUGCUUUGGCAAACAGGUCUCGAGCUUCGGUAUGCAGGUGUGACUCUCCUGAGGCUAAAAGAGGUCAAUUAUAAUCUUAAAAACACGCCUUACGACUACAGACAGUUUAAAUUCAAGCUCAAGCAGGACGGAAUUUGGUGUACUGUUGAUCUGAAGAACUCUGCGAUUCUAGAAAUUUGGUUCCCGGUGGAUACUUUGGUGAUAAAACAGCCAAUCUUAUCAGAUUCUGUGGACGAUGAACCCAUAGGCUACCAAGCGAUUGUCGUCGAACCAAGACCAGAGAGUAUGCCUCAAUUAUUGGCGCUGAUUGUCGACCAUAUUGAUAUUUUAUUAGAAGACUGGUACCCGACUUUGGGAACCAGGUUUGUUCAUACAUCUGAAGGAAAAUUGUUAGUGACCAGGUUGAUACCUUGCCCGCGCUGUCUUUUGAACAACGGUGACCACGAAGAAACCAGCGAUCAAGAUCCUGAAGACAUUCCCAAGUUUUUUAUGAACAACCGGGAACGGCAGAGCCAGGAUAGUUACAAAUCAGACGGUGAUAGUGGCGUGGGCUACGACAGCUCAGCUUCCAGCAGAAUGCCAUCCUUGGAAGGGCAUCCUGAUCUAAUUCGCCAGUAUCCCAAGCCUGAAGGUAUUCUCGCCUACUCGUGGAUGGUAGAAGAAUGCAUUUUGUCCGCUUACAGCAAUAAGACAAUAGCCUGUCCGAAGCACUUGGACAUCCCGCUGUCUCACAUUGCGCCUGAUAUUAUUUUCAUGGAUCUUGGCGCGAAGCAUCUCAUCAAGCCAGAAGACAUCAAGCGUGGAAGGAUGCUUGGCCGUGGAGCUUUUGGAUUUGUUUUCAAAGGAAACUGUCGAGCUCCUGGGAGUGCGGGGAGGAUAGACGUAGCAAUGAAGAUGCUCCAACCCGUUCCACCGGGUCCGAAUUCUAAGCCCUCGGCGGUGUUGGCGUACAAAGCCGCUCAGAGUAAGUGGGAUCGCGACCCUCUUCAGUAUGCCUGUAAGGCCUAUUGCACAGCGCGACAGGAAUUAAAUAUUUUGCUGACCCUCAGGCAUGUAAAUAUUGUCCCUCUUGUUGGAAUUGUCAUCAGUCCUCUGGCUUUAGUUCUAGAUCUGGCGCCCGAGGGAGCUUUGGACAACGUUCUCAAGAAUUACCGUCGCUCUGGCGCCAAACUGGACCCUUUUACUCUUCAGUCAAUAAUCCUCCAAGUCGCCAAAGCUAUUGAGUAUCUUCACCAGCAGCACGUGAUCUACAGAGACCUUAAAUCUGAGAAUGUUUUAGUCUGGCAGAUGCCUCUGCCCUUUGUAGAGUUUCCAGAGCAUCACAAUGUCCACGUUAAAGUCGCAGACUACGGAAUUUCCCGGCUGACUCUGCCCUCUGGAGCAAAAGGGUUCGGCGGUACCGAAGGCUUCAUGGCCCCGGAGAUAAUAAAGUAUAACGGAGAAGAGGAGUACACGGAGAAAGUAGACUCGUUUUCGUUUGGAAUGUUCAUCUACGAGCUUGUCACUCUCCGACAGCCGUUCGAGGGACACGAAGCUGUAAAGGAAUGCAUUCUCGAAGGCGGCAGGCCCCCGCUGACAUUCCGUGAGACGCUUUAUCCGUGCUAUUUAUUGGACCUGAUGGUUAUUUGUUGGGCUCAGAAUCCUAAAGACCGACCGACUGCUAGUCAAAUAGUCUCGAUUGCAUCCGCGCCGGAGUUUACUCACUUAAUAGACGUGACUCUUCUGACAGAGCGGACUCAUGUCACGGCAAUAACAGCGACCUCACGAUUGCUGGAUGAUAAUGUAAAUGGAGAUGAAAUAUGGCUGGGACACAACAACGGGGAAGUUGACAUGCUGCUGGGGACGGAAAAAGGCUGGCUGCAGCACGUUAGAAUAGAAACACCCGUUAUUCCGUACGCGAUGUGCGGGCUGGACGGCUACAUUUGGAUUGGAGACAAUGCUGGACAGAUUCACGUCUACCUGGGAAGUAACUUUGGCUGUGUGGGAAGCUAUAAUCUUGAACCUGAUCAUUAUACCGACUCCAAGGUCGUUGGUUUGAUCCACCUUGAGCAGCUCAAGCAAUUUGCGGUCGCGUUGUACAGUGGGAAGAUUUAUUUGCUCAACAACAAUUUCACGCAGAUGAAGAAGACAGAGAUAGAGACUAAAGUUGUUGGUAAUAUUAAAACUUACUCGUUGACAGCGGUUCAUCGUCGAAGGCGGGUUCUCGAGCUGUGGACCGGUCAGAGCUUCGGAAGAAUAACCAUCUACGUUCUCAAGGACUCGAACUUGGUGGACACCUGUGAAUUGAUCCACAUUCCCAAUGAAACUGCAAGUAAAAAUUUAUUCGCUACUUAUUUAUUGAGCGCUGAGAACUCGGUGCUGAGCUACACUUACCCUGGGUGCAUCGUCUACCAGUGGGACGUUGAAACUCGUCAGAUUAUAAACAAACUUGACAUGUCCAAGCUGGUUCCUUGCUCCGAGAGCCUCAAGUCUAUUUCCAUUGAAGAAAACUUGACUACCGAACGCUGCCAAGUGACGGCGUUGGAGGCCUGUUCCAAUCAGCUGUACAUUGGUACUACUUGGGGCUGCAUCGCAGUCGCUGAGUGCAAUUCUUUGAGGCCAAUCACCGUUUUUAGGCCGUUCGAGGGCAAAGUGUGCCAAAUAGUUGCCUUGAAAUCCAAUGACAAGAAGAAAUUGUUCCUCGCUACUGUCGGGCAGGGAUACCGUAGCUUAAUUUCACGAUACACUGAUUAUCCACUGGACUGUUUGCUCGCUGAAGAUCUUAAGCAUAACAUGUACACUUUAUUGUGGAGGUCCGAGCAUUGGUCAGCUGCCUAGAAAAUUAUUAAUCAUCAAUUAAUCAAUUAUUGUUACUGUAUUGAAGAUUGUUCUAUCAAGAGAUAUGAAUUAUUGAUAACAUUAAUAACAUAUUAAUCACCAAUUGAUACCAGGAGUGCUUUAAGGUGCAAAGUUAAAUAUUAUUAAAUAUUAAAUUAAACAUUUUUAUAUAUUAUUGUCAAACGUCCAAAUAUAGAGCUUAUAUAUAUAUAUUUCAUUAUCCUGGUAUAUUUAUAAAUAUUGAUAAAAUAUUGUAGCGGUUAAUCAAGUAUAUGAUCUCUUCUUCGGGCAUUUUCCGUACAUACAAAUCUUUCUCAAUUAUUAACGUGAUAAAAAUUAUUACAUUUAUAUAAAUCUUCCAAUUUCGUUAAUAUUAAUAAUUAAUUAUCCUAAAAAUAGUCUGUAGUAGGACAAACAAACAAAAACAAGGCCACUAUGAAAUUAUAGAAUUAAGAAAUCACUCUUGCGUCCCAAUUAAUAUUUAUACAAUGUGAUAAUGCUCUGUAAACCUGUAUUGUACUAAUUAUAAUUAAUUUAUUUAAUACUCGGAAAUUAUUUUAUAAUACUGAAUGAAAAUAAUUGACAAUUUUUUAGAGUUUUAGUAUCGUAAUUUUGUUGCACGAUUUUACGCAUCUAAUCAAAAUAAUAAAAAUUUUUUUUUUAGUUUAAAAAA